AUGGACGUGCUCAGGAAGCGCUUGCUGGGCAUCAGCGUGGCCGUCGCGCACGGAGUCUUCUCUGGCACGCUGAACAUCCUGCUGAAGUUCCUGAUCAGCAACUUGCACUUCCGCUUCCUCACGCUCAUCCAGCUGUGUACGUGCAGCACGGCUGCGCUCGGCCUGGAGGUCCUGAGGAGGACCGGAAGGGUCUCCAUCCCCCCCUUCAGCCUGCGCCUCUCCAAGGAGUUUGCUCCGGUGUGCAUCCUGUCCACGCUGCAGUCCACGCUCACCUUGUGGUCUCUGCGGGGUCUCAGUCUUCCAAUGUACGUGGUCUUCAAGCGCUGCCUGCCCCUCUUCACGCUCUCCAUCGGCGUCUGCGUCCUCAAGAACGGGGUGCCCUCCCCGGGCGUUGUGACUGCGGUGCUCAUCACUACUGGGGGCGCUGCGCUGGCUGGAGCAGGAGACCUGAGCGGCGACCCAUUCGGUUAUGUGACAGGUGUUCUGGCGGUCAUCAUCCACGCCUCCUACCUGGUUGUGAUCCAGAAGACCAGCGCAGACAGCGAGCACGGACCGCUAACGGCACAGUAUGCCAUCGCCAUCAUGGCCACUCCCGUGCUGCUGGUGUGCGGCCUCAUUUCCACGGACGUUAUCAACAUGUGGUCGUACGACGGCUGGAGCGACACCCGCGUGGCCACCAUCUUCUUCUUCAGCGUGGUCAUCGGCUGCGCCAUGAACUUCACCACCUACCACUGCACUUACAUCAACUCUGCCGUCACCACCAGCUUUGUGGGCGUGGUCAAGAGCAUCGCCACCAUCACAGUGGGCAUGCUGGCCUUCAAUGACGUAGCGCCCACCGCCUUGUUUGUGGGUGGAGUCGUGGUCAACACGGUGGGCUCCAUCACGUACUGCGUGGUCAAGUUCGUUGAGACCAAGAAGAAGAGCUCCUACGAGGACCUGGAAGGCGACGGAAAGGACGCGUUGCCCCCUGCUGCUGAGCCGCACCAACAGACGCCCGCGCUCCACACUGAGGGACACGAUCCCCACGUCGAGAACCCGGAGGGCGAGGGAGCGCCACUGGACUGGGCGCCGGGGGUCGCCCUGGGAGAUGGAGGAGGGGGCGUCAUGACGGACGAGGAAGUUGUGGAGAUGCAGAGGGAGCACCUUCACAAGGAGAGCGCCACCACCGGGAGGACGGCAAGCAACUACGUCGGCGUGUGGCGCUCUCUCACAAGCCUGCAGUUCUUCAAGAAGAACACCCUCAUUGCCAACAUGGAGCAGCAGAGUCCCUGAGGGCGGGCGGGCCUACGACACACCUCCUGUGAAGUUAGCAUUAGCAGUGCUAACACAUGCGCCUCGUGUUAGCGACACGCUAACCUACAUGUAGCAUGAUGAUAAAUAAUAACCAGGCUGUAACUACCGUAUUUUUCGGAGUGUAAGUCGCUCCGGGGUAUAAGUCGCACCGGCUGAAAAUGCAUAAUAAAGAAGGAAAAAAACAUAUAGAAGUCGCACUGGAGUAUAAGUCGCAUUUUUGGGGGAAAUUUAUUUGAUAAAACCCAACACCAACAAUAGACAUUUGAAAGGCAAUUUAAAAUAAAUAAAGAAUAGUACGUUAUAUGACGCAUAAAUAACCAACUGAGAACGUGCCUGGUAUGUUAACGUAACAUAUUAUGGUAAGAGUCAUCAAAAUAACUAUAACAUAUAGAACAUGCUAUACGUUUACCAAACAAUCUGUCACUCCUAAUCGCUAAAUCCGAUGAAAAUUUAUACGUCUAGUCUCUUACGUGAAUGAGCUAAAUAAUAUUAUUUGAUAUAUUACGGUAAUGUGUUAAUAAUUUCACACAUAAGUCGCUCCUGGGUAUAAGUCGCACCCAAACUAUGAAAAAAACUGUGACAUAUAGUCCGAAAAAUACGGUAAGACAGCCAAAUCAGAAACCCUCGUUAGCAUGCGCUAGCCAUGAAGAUGCUAAUAUCUUUGUACGAUUGAUUGUUUAUAUGUUUGGUGUGGUUCUGUGAUGCUUGUCUUAAAAAGUUAGCUGAGCUCAGCAUCAGCACAUUUUCGCAUGCACAAAGUUCAGCUCAGGAACUUUUAUUUUGACGCUGACAGGAAGUAACAUGACGUUAAAAAGACGUCUGAUCUGGACAGCCCCAUUGCCCCCGAGGCAACAGGCCACCGCAGUCAGUGGCGAAGAACGAAGAAGAUGAGUGUUUGUGGCCGUCCUCGACUAAUGUCAGAAAGCGUGUUAGCAUCUAGCGCGCUAACAGACGUCGACACGUAAAACAUGUUAAAAACAAGUCUUGUUUGCGUGGCCUCCUGCAAGCGGCGCACUGUCCUGGCAUCAGGCGUCACAUCACAAACAAAUGACAACAUAGAAGUCCUCAUAUUGACCACUAUUGAUCCCCCCCCCCCCCCCCUCAUUUAAUGCUGCAAGAAACGCCACAUGUCCCUGAGACACGAGACACGCUUCACUGGGACGCAGUGAGGAGGUGAUAAUGACUAGCAGGAAGUUCUCCUGGAUCACUUCAGGAGAAAGAAAUAAGCGACAGCACGCUUGCGACUCUUUUCACUCGCUUGGACAAAAUGUGACACUUGAUGAUUGGCUAAAAAAAACCCACAUUCAAUGAUUGACAUCUUGACAAAAGCAAAUUAUUUCAAUUAGAAGAAAUAUAACAUCUUAAUAAUAUUAAUGUUGAUAAGAGACCUAUUCUUAGACGUCACCAGCAGCAAUUGCGUGUGUUUGUGUGCGUGUGUGUUUAUAUAUGCGUGUUUAUGUGUGUGUAAAUGUGUGUGUGUGCGUGCGUGUGUGCAGCAUGUUAAAGGAUAAAAUAAAUCCAAAAGUACCAAAAACCCGAAAUGUUCACCUCACUUCUUUAAACUGUGUGUGUGAGUGUGUGUGUGCGCUGACUCAGCUCUUAACUGCUGCAGCGCCUCCACGUGCACCUCACUCA